GGCAAGGCGUGAAAUUGGAUUGUGAUAGUUAAAACUUUCGCUUUCCGCGUGCAAAACUUUUAUUGGGCUAUUAAUUGAUUGUGUUAGAUUUGCGGCACCGGCAAAUGCGAUUUCUGUUGGGAAAUAUGUAAUGCGUGUCGACAGGUAUUCAGGUGGGCUGGGUGUAAAUAGGAAACCGGGCCAAAUGAAAAUAAUAAGUCAGAAAGUACCGUAACCCGAGUGAUUCCUUUUCCUUCGGCGACCAACGGUAUUCAACAACGUGGACUACCUGCUGCCUACCUCUUGGUCGCUCCGAAUCAACGGUUCUUAGUUGUUCUUUGGCUGUGGUCUAACGAAGCGAUCGCACAACGCGAAUAGAAAGACGAAGAGAGAGUCAUUGAACCCGCUGCCUCCUAUUAAUUAAUUAAACAAUAUUUUUCCACCGCAUGUAAAUCGGUUUUUUUGUGUGAAGACGAUGCGGUGAGGUUCAUGGUAACCACGUACUUGUGUACAUAAUUCAUGUGACGAGACUGUUAUCAGCGAAUACAGGUAGAUAAGCCGAUAUUUGAAAUACACAAAACACAAGGAUAACCGAAGCAGAAAGACGUGGACUCAACAUGACUGUGCCGGGUAAGGAGAAGAAGAAAAGUGUCCUGAUCGCCUAUGUGUGUUGGCUCUUCGGCGGCAUCUUCGGACUGCAUUUGUUCUACUUGGAGAGAGACGCCCACGCUUUUCUCACCUGGAGCACCUUCGGAGGGUAUGGUAUAGGAUGGCUGGCCGACAUCACCAAAAUUCCCAAGUAUGUCAGGGAUUGCAACGAAGACAAGGAAUUCAUAGAGGAAUUUAUCGAAAAACUCAAGAGAAACAGAAAGCCACCAUUUUCGACGAGCCGGUUCACCUCAGCAAUUAUGGUUGGUUACUUAUGGGGCCAACUAAUCUUGAUAGCGAUUCCGCAAAACGACUUUGCCGGAAUUAAUUGGUCAUUUGUACACUGGGUCGUCCCAUUAGCCGUGGGUUUAGGAGUCUGGAUCGUUGGAAACAUAGGACGCGAGAAGGGGGAUCCAUGGGCGGCAAUUGGAGUGGCCUAUCUCACCUACCUAUUGCGAUGGUACAUCUUCGAUGAAAGUGUAUGGCUCACAAUAAUGGUGUUCUGUUCUGCACUGGCAUUCGAUAGUUUCAGUAAAGAUUGGCUUAGGAGGCCCAAAGAAAAACGCACAUUAAUUAGGCGAGUGUCUACAGUUACUCUGUGCGGAGUUCUUUAUCUGUCUCUUUGGGGCGCUUACUUUUACUUUAAUGGAACCAUCACUGAUUCGAACGGAGACGAAGUCCCAAUUCACGAGGCGUUGAACCACUUCUACAACUCUCCUUGGUGGACCGAUUUGAAGCAAUCUCUUUAUGAUACCUACGUGUACGCCCAGCACCAUGGAUGGUAUGAGAUUUGGAAACAAAUAAUAGAUCUAUCGGACGUCCAGGGAGAGCAGAACUCCUACAAAGUGCUUGAAGUGAGUCCGACAGCUUCUCAGUCGGAGAUUACCUCGCAAUGGAGAAAGCUCAGCAGAGAAUUCCAUCCGGAUAAAGUGAAAGAUCCCAAUCUGCAGCGGGCGGCUCAGGAGAGGUUCAUGGAGAUUCAGCAAGCGUAUGAGAUCCUUUCGAACAUCAAAAGCAAGAGAAAAAGGAAGAACAAAAAGUCCGUGGACGAUUAAUCCGGACGAUUUAUAUUUUUUUUAGUCAUAAUGCACACAUAUUAGCGAGAUCUUAAGGGAAUCUCGACUUAUCAAUGAUACAAGAGACUGUGUUACAAAAUAAUGACGUUAUCUGACUAGACAAACAAUUUUUAUUUUUUACCAAAUAUCAAUUCGCUUAAUAUUUA